AUGCAGGUGGAAUCGCUGCAGCCGCCUGCGCCUAUUCUCACCCAAUCGCCGGUAGAGACACAACAAAGCUCCUCGUAUUUCGGUCCUCAUCGCGCCUCAACAUGGCAAGGGCCUGGGCCAUCGGCGCGCGAAUAUGAGUUACCUGGUCGGGCAAGAACCGCGAUUGAUCCAUCCCAACCUACGACGCCUAUUAGCACCUAUUUCUCGUACCUGGCUACGGCCAAUUUGGUACAAAAGAUGACGUUGAAUAGUUCGCAUGAACAGGCUUCUACCGAUUCUGGCUCGUCCCAGCCCAUGCGUAUCCCAGAAACACCACCUGAUACCAACCAGUUUAUGCUUGGCCAAACAAAGGACAAGAUGGCAUUGCCACCCAGGAUCUCACGUUCGCCAGCCAUGGAGGGAGAUACUUCUGACACACGUCCUAUGUCUCAAUUCACCGCAUCCCCUGUGCGGGCACAGGGAGAAGGUACCAAGCGUGCUGAGGAAGACGAUAUUGAGCUCGAACCUGCUGAGAUGAUGGACUCUGUCUCAGAUGCCAGCUAUAACAGCUGGCGAAAUUCAAGCUCGUACACAUCUGGACGUGAAACGCCAGCGGAUAUUUUUGCUGUUGGCGAUCGCAUUGGCCCAGGUUUAUACCAUGAUGGUGAUAUGAUUCGCGCAGCAGAGACGAGCGAUGGUUUUGCGGAACAGGAUGUAAAUUACUUUACCAAGCAGCUGGAAGUGGUACAACUACUGGGGCGAGGUAGCUAUGCGGUUGUCUACCUGGCUAGGGAAGUGACCAAUCCGGUGAGAACGCCUUCUGCGCAGGCGCAGCCACAAGGCAUGGACAUUGGUUUGUCAUCGACGCCCCGUGCUGCACCACCACCGGAAGCGGGUCGCACACCUCGAGCGAGUCAUUUGGGAUGGAAGGCGAUGGAGGAAGCGAAUGGUAUAGCUAGCCCUGAUGAAAGUCCCCUCUAUGCCCUCAAAUGCCUGUCUAAACGGAACUUAUCGCCGGAGCAUUUACGCAUUCAGCGACUCGAAGUGACGAUUCACCAAUCGAUCCCACCCCAUCCCAAUAUUGUGACGCUGUACAAUGCGUAUGAAACGAAUGACUGGCUCUUUCUCGUGUUGGAGUAUUGCCCGGGGCAAGAUUUGUACUUUUGGCUGGAAGAGGCACAGGAUUCUUAUGGGCUUUCUAGGUCGUCCACGCAGACGGACCUUUCUUCCAGCAUGUCCCAAUGGUCUGAAGGAGAGGACAGCCUUGGUGCGGCGGCUGAGAACUGGGACGAUGUUGAUGCUAUUCCCGUCUCGCCAUGGCUGCUCUCUACCAAAUCGCCUCAUAUACUUCUAUCACAACGUCGCUUGCAGCUUGUGAGCAGUAUGUUUUCUCACAUGUGUGAGGCCGUGCAAUUCUGCCACGACCACGGCGUAAGUCAUCGCGAUAUCAAGCCGGAGAACUUUAUUGUGGAAGACCGACGUAGCGGCCAACGGCUUCCUGCCUCCACAGGAGAGGCGGUGGUUGUCAAGCUGACCGACUUUGGUUUGGCUACGACGCAGUCCGAGUCCAGCGACUUCAAUUGCGGAUCUAAGCCGUACAUGGCCUUUGAAUGCCGACACGAUUUAUCGUCGCACUAUGAUCCCAAACAGGCAGAUACAUGGUCUUUGGGCAUUGUGCUUCUCAACCUUAUCUUUCACCGCAGUCCUUUCCGUGAGCCGAGCGUGAAUCGAUGCCCCUCGUUCGCCGCAUUUACAUUGAACCCUGUACUUUUUUUGAUGCAAGCCUUUGAUGGGCUUACGGAGGACGUGUCGCGUUUCCUUUGUGACCAUGUAUUCUGUGAUGUGACAAACAAUCGUAAGCGUCGUGUGACGCCGCACGAAUUUGCUCAAUGGGCCCAUAAUCUGCCUGCUAUGCUUGGCCGUACCAAGCCGUUAAGCGGACGGGGCCCAUUGUCGUAUGCUACAACGCCAGUGAGUUUGUCCAGAAUGGGCAGCAUGCGUGCGUCCAUGUCAGACAGUAUUAUGUCGCAGUCUACGUCUCUGGAGCGACAAGCGUAA